CAAAUGCCGUGUGAAAAUAGCAGGCCCAAAGUUCUUAGUAAACUGCAGCCAGGGAGACUCGGACUAGACUGGAGGUAAAAGGUGUUGGUACAGAGUGGGUCUGAUUCUAAGCCUUUUGAGGGCUGAGUUUUUGUAUUUGUUUUGUUAACUUACUCAAUUUAGAGAUGUAGUAUACUGGUCAUGUAAAGAGCAGAGCAGCACCAGCAUCAAAAUAGUGCCAGACAGUUUUGAAUGCCACAGUAUCUAUAUUUUUAUUCAAGAAGAUAAAGAGCCCAGCAUAGAUUCUGUCCUCAUCUUUACCCAACUGCAAAGUCAAAAGUCAAGAAACAGCAUCUCACGGCACUUUUUUAGGUGGGAAGGAAUCCAGAGGAUGGCUCUGAGUGACUGUUUGCUUCUGAACUUGGAAGUGGACCGUUCCGUGCACUGCAACAAUAGUGUGGAGCUCCCCGUGAAUGACGACUGGUUCCACCCAGGGGUCCUCUAUGUCAUCCCUGCAGUUUAUGGAGUCAUCAUUCUGAUAGGCCUCGUUGGCAACAUCACCCUGAUCAAGAUCUUCUGUACUGUGAAGUCCAUGCGAAACGUGCCAAACCUGUUCAUCUCCAGCCUGGCUUUGGGAGACCUGCUCCUCCUGGUAACCUGUGCGCCCGUGGAUGCCAGCAGGUACCUGGCUGACAAAUGGCUGUUUGGCAGGAUUGGCUGCAAACUGAUCCCCUUUAUCCAGCUUACCUCGGUAGGGGUGUCUGUCUUCACACUCACGGCUCUCUCGGCAGACAGGUACAAAGCCAUCGUGCGGCCGAUGGAUAUCCAGGCCUCCCAUGCCCUGCUGAAAAUCUGCCUCAAAGCCGCACUGAUCUGGAUCGUCUCCAUGCUGCUGGCCAUCCCAGAGGCCGUGUUUUCUGACCUACAUCCCUUCCAUGAGGAAAGCACCAACCAGACCUUCAUUAGCUGUGCCCCGUACCCACACUCUAAUGAGCUGCACCCCAAAAUCCACUCCAUGGCUUCCUUCCUGGUCUUCUACAUCAUCCCGCUGUCGAUCAUCUCUGUGUACUACUAUUUCAUCGCCAGAAAUCUGAUCCAGAGUGCCUACAAUCUCCCCGUGGAAGGGAAUAUACAUGUCAAGAAGCAGAUCGAAUCCAGGAAGCGCCUGGCCAAGACAGUGCUGGUGUUCGUGGGUCUCUUCGCCUUCUGCUGGCUCCCCAACCAUAUCAUCUACCUGUACCGCUCCUACCACUACUCCGAGGUGGACACCUCCAUGCUCCACUUCGUCACCAGCAUCUGCGCCCGCCUUCUGGCCUUCACCAACUCCUGCGUGAACCCUUUUGCCCUCUACCUGCUGAGCAAGAGCUUUAGGAAGCAGUUCAACACCCAGCUCCUCUGUUGCCGGUCUGGCCUGAUGAGCCGGUCUCACAGUGCCGGCAGAAGUACCAGCUGCAUGACCUCCUUCAAGAGCACCAACCCCUCCGCCGCCACCUUCAGCCUCAUCAAUGGAAACAUCUGUCACGAGGGGUACGUCUAGACUCGCCCUUGACCCUGCCCCCCUGGUUUUGCUUUAUGGCUGGUGAGGAACCCUCGCAUCACUGGUUGUUUCUAUACCCUCCGAAGACCCUUUGGCAGGCUUGUGAGUGAUCUGGGUGGGUAGGGGAGAGGCCCAAAUGGGUCACUUGGAAGGCCUAUCACGGCUUGCAUUUUUCUAUUUCAACUUGUGGGCACUGCUUCGGAGGUAGAACUUUCCCUUUUUAAGAAAAGGGAACAAAUAAAUCUUUAUUUUAAGCAUUAAACCCUGAGAUACAGAUGUGCUCAACUAAGUCAUAGAAACUACAUGAACAGCCAGAUUUAUAUAGCAGAGAAAUUGUACAUUGACUGCUUUCUGAAAAACUUCCCCUUGUCAUUUCUUUAAGCAGAAGCUAGUGCUUUAUGAAUGUGAUUUGAGUCAUUUUUCAGGAAUAUUUAUAAUCACAAACCAAGGAACUUAUUUUUACACUUGUAAUGUGAAAAGCCAACCCUCGGAGAGUCCCAUAUAUAAAGGACAGUCCCCAAAUUGAUAACACUGGAAGCCAAUUUCAAACAAAUCCCUGAGUUUCGAUUGUUUUUAAAAGACAUAGCUGAGGACAUAGGAAAAACAUGCACUGCAUCAUUUUAAGGCAAAAACACAACCAAACAUGCCGACACAUAUAUCAAGAUGCAUAUGUGCCUGUGGAGUGACAGUUGUAACUCAGCGCAGGUCCUUUUUGCUAUUACCCAGUUAUAAUCAUCCAUGGUGCCAUUCUACCAUAUU